AUGUCAUCAACCAAAUCAGAUGAUCCGCUCGACGCAUUGCUUUCCUCCUAUGCUUCUGCAUCUGCAUCUGCAUCGACUUCGACUUCGACGUCAGGUCAGGUCGCUGGUCCUGCAAAGAAAAAGGAAUAUUCAUACAAGGAUUUCGAAGCUAUAUUAGAAUCUACACCGCUUUUCAUGCAACAAACUCCCAAAGAUGGAGAAACGAGUGAUCUAUUAGAAGCUUUAAGAACGUUGGUAUUUGACGGUGAAGGUGACGAGGUCGCAUCGAAUUUCAAGAAUCACGGUAAUGAACUACAUUUACAAAAAUCAUAUAGUGAAGCAAUUAAAGCAUAUACAGAUGGUAUAAAUGCCCAUCCACAAGAUAAUAAACUUCGAAUAUCGUUAUUGAAUAAUCGAGCACAAUGUCAUCUAUUACUUAAAAACCACGCAUCAGUCUUAAAAGAUACAGGAACUAUAAUAGCUUUAUAUACAGCUGAUAAAAUUGAAAAUGACAAAUCACUGGUUAAAGCAAUGUAUAGAGCUACACAAAGUCUUAUCGCUUUAGAAAGAUGGAAAGAAGCUUUAGAUGUGAUUGAAAGAGGAAAAGAACAAGCUCAAGAGUUAAAUCUACAAGAUGAUAUCAAACUAUGGAUUAAAGCAAAAUUAGAUGUCGAAAAAGGAUUGAAAAGAGAAAACUAUAGAGUCGAAAGAAUCAGAAAAGAAAAUCUCAUCAAAAUAUCGUUGAAAAAAGCUAUCUCUCAAAGAGGUUUGAUCGAAGUGAAAACAAAUAGUCCACCUGAUAACCCAAAUCCAAUUCAUUUCGAUCCUGAAUAUCGAGAACAGGAGGAGAAAGUGAAUGGUUGGCAAUUGCCUUCACCUGAGGAUCCACUAAUUUAUCCUGUUUUCUUACUAUAUCCAAAUUAUGGUCAAUCAGAUUUCAUUACUCAUUUUAACGAAAAUACCUCUUUCCAAGAUCAAUUUAAUGUGAUGUUCCCUUCUUCCCCUGCUUCUUCUUCCUCCUCAUCUACCAGCAGUGGACAAGUACCUUGGAUAGAAUGGGAUUCGCAGAAAGAAUAUUGGAUUGGUAACUUGGUUGUUUACGUUGAAACUUCCCAAAAGCGUUUACUCAAAGUUGGAAAAGAGUUGACAUUAAGAGAGGUUAUAGCAAAAGCUAAAAGGGAAGAACAAGGUGAUAUCAAGAAAGAUGGAGUUGUGCUCCGAGAUGGUUUGAUGAGUUUCAUCGUACUGCCCAAAGGUGAAAAGGAAAAGAAAUGGAUCGAACAGUUUAAGAUGAGCAGAGACGGACAAUGA